CCUUCUUUCGUAAUGUCAUUUAGCACGCGACCGCGGGGUUUGGUUUUUUGUCGAAUGAAUCUGGGAAGGAAGGAAGCUGUCUCUUCCUCUCCCUUUGCCAUCGCCUCCUCGUCCUUCCCUUUCUCUUUCCUUGCAGCACGACACUCGCAUCGGUCGAACCAGAAACUCGGAGUCGAUCCAUGGGCGUCACCGACACCGGCCGAGCCCCAGAGGUCAAGCAAUUCGACGAAUCCAAGCUCGGAGUCAAAGGCCUCGUCGACUCCGGCCUCACCUCCAUCCCUCCCCUAUUCAUCCACCCGCCCGAGACCCUCUCUGACCUCGGGCCCGCCCGGCCCAGCUCCUACUCGAUCCCCACCAUCGACCUCUCCGGCUGCGACUCCGGGCACCGUCCCUCCGUCGUCGAGGAAGUGGGGCGAGCGGCUCGUGGGCUCGGCUUCUUCCAGGUGGUCAACCACGGUGUGCCGGCGGAGGUCCUGGACCGGACGAUCGCUGCGGUGAAGGCCUUCCACGAGCAGCCGGCGGAGGUGAAGGCGAGGAUCUACCGGAGGGAGAUGGAGACCGGGGUCGCGUUCUUCUCCAACCUCGACUUGUUCCACUCCAAAGCGGCUAGCUGGAGGGACACGCUCCAAAUAAGGCUGGAGCCGAAAGGGGACAUGGAAGAGAUCCCCGAGGUGUGCAGAAAUGAGGUGAUGGAAUGGGAUCAAGAGGUCUGGCGGCUAGGAGGCCUCCUGAUGGGAUUGUUGAGCGAGGGGCUGGGAUUGAGUCCGGGCAAGCUACAGGAAUUGACGUGCUUGGAGACGAGGGUCAUGGUGGGGAAUUACUAUCCGUACUGUCCCCAGCCCGAUUUGACUGUUGGCUUGAUGUCCCACACGGACCCAGGAGUGAUCACAUUGCUCCUGCAAGACCAGGUCGGCGGGUUGCAAGUGAAGCACAACAAUGAGUGGGUGGAUGUGACACCAGUCUCGGGUGCUCUGGUUGUGAACAUUGGCGACAUCCUCCAGAUUAUGUCCAACGACGAGUACAAAAGCGUGGAUCACCGGGUGUUGGCCAACCCUAACCAAGAGCCAUGUGUGUCGGUAGCAGUUUUCUGCAAUCCGAGCAAUCGUGAGAAUGAGUUCAAACCAUUCCCGGAGCUCAUAUCCUCAGAUAAACCCGCUGCUUUCCGGCAAUUCAACCUCAAUGAGUACAUGAGGAGAUUCUUCAUGAAGGAGUUGGAGGGGAAAAGUUUGAUAAAUUACUUUAGGGCAUGAGCAAGAGAUGCAUAGGCCCAAAAAUACUUCCUUGUGGCACUUAAGGAAACACGUGAUUCUUCCCUAAAUCCUACGAAUCGUUGGAACA